GAAGAGCUGGCAAACCGGUGGUGGACUGGAAACGUGGCGUUGGGAGGGGUCGACCCGGCAUCGUCGGCGGCGGCUCCAUCCCUUCACCUCCGGAAUCCUCACGAAGACCAUGGCGGCUUGGGUCCGCUUGGGCCCACCAGAAGAGAGCAAGAGCUGAUCGACGCUGCCACUACCACCACCACUGCCAACAGCAAUAGCAGCGACAAUAACAAUCCCGAAGACGACGAGAGCCGAGACAACGCCGAAGACCAAACCACAAGCGGAGGACACGAAAUCGUCGAAGGUGGCUCUGGGCGGAGGCCACGUGGUCGACCACCGGGAUCCAAGAACAAGCCCAAACCACCCAUCAUCAUUACCAGGGAAAGCCCGAACGCCCUCCGAAGCCACGUCCUCGAGAUCAGCAGCGGCAACGACAUCGCCGAGAGCCUCAACACAUUCGCAAGCCGCCGCCAGCGUGGGGUGUGCGUCUUGAGCGGCAGUGGGAUUGUCACCAAUGUGAAUCUCAGGCAGCCGGCGGCUCCAGGGGCAGUCAUCACUCUUCACGGCCGUUUUGAGAUACUCUCCCUUUCUGGGGCUUUUCUACCUGCGCCGUCACCACCUGGGGCGACUGGGCUAACGGUGUAUCUGGCUGGCGGGCAAGGGCAGGUGGUGGGUGGGUGUGUUGUGGGCCCGCUGGUUGCUUCAGGGCCCGUCAUGGUUAUUGCGGCGACGUUUACGAAUGCGACUUACGAGCGGCUGCCGCUCGAAGAGGAGGCUCCCGGUACCGGAGAUGGGUUGCAGCUGCAGCAGACGUCGGGAUUGAAUACGGGGACGAGUGCUGCUGCAUCGGUGUCGCAGUCUCACGUUGUGGGUGGUGGUGGUGGUCUGUCAGACCCAUCUUCUAUGGGGUUGCCCAUCUACAAUCUGCCCCCAAAUCUGCUUCCCAAUGGUCAGAUGCCACAGGAUGUCUAUUGGGCUACUCCUCGUCCACCUCCCUCUUACUGAAAACACUUCAUCAACAGCUGUCACAUGUAACAGACUAACAGAGAGAAAGAGAGAGAGAGAGAGAGAGAGAAAGAACUGAUCAGAGAAACCCCUUUCAGUUGGGGAUUUCUUGGAUGUUCAUGUCAUCUGACUAGCAACUGCGUUUGUAACAAUGAAGCAUGUCAACACUUUUGUUUACAUUCCAGACUCUUUUUUGAAUUUUGACAAUGUGAAUCUGAUGAUGUUGAUGCUAUUGUUAUUGU